GGGACGAUUCGACUUACCAAUCCCAGUAAAAGGUGAAGGGACAGGAUCUCGUCCUCACAUCCUCCACACGGGAGCCACGGCAUCUUCCACCGAGGCGUCUCCGAUGGGAAAGUGCCUGCAGGGGGUGCUGCCCAGGUGCCGGUGACGUCUGAGGAUGGCAGGGUCUGUUUCUCCCGGAGGAGUGGGCGGCGUUAGCAGAAUGGCCGAGGGAGCUGUACUGGGCCGUGAGGAGGGAGAACUACGCGCUGGUCACCUCGCUGGGUGAGGACUGUCUGGUGCACAGGUUAGAGGCGAAAGCAGCUCCACGCGGAAGAGCGAUCAGUCUGGACCCCUGCUGCAGGCUCUGAGAGCCCCAUCCCCCACACAAGGCAGUGAGGCUGGCCUGGCGGCUGGGUGUAGCCAUGUCCGAAGAAUCGCACCCCUCAAAGGAGGGGGCGGGAUGGCACAGCGAACUGGAGCUGGGCUGUGGAACCUUUUCUCGCGGCAUCACCAGUUCAAAUCCAGGCCACCCGGCUCUCAAACCCGAUCUCUUGUUCCGGAUUGAACGAGGGGAACAACCAGGUGUGGGGGUUCAGCUGAUCUCUGGUGGCUUAGAGCGUCCACCAGAUCCCUGCACAGGCUACGGAUUUUUCAAGCCCGAUGGUUUCUUCCGGCUUGAGCAAUGGGAGGAGCGAUACAUCGAGGCUCAGCAGAAAGUGGAGGAGAGCAAGAUCCUGGGAAGCGCCUGCGUAGCAGAGCACGGGGGUGUGAACGCAGUCGAGCAAGAAGAGAACUCGGAGAGCUUUGCUGCAGACUUGGAGCUGUCCCCCGUGGUUUGUGACAGUCCCGACGGCUCGUUUCACAGUCGGCAGCUGGGAUCCAAGAGGCAGCAGAGAAACCAGACCAGGAUCAAGAUGGAAGAAUCAGCCGGCUUCAGCAAGUGUUCAGACGCCGUCGUACGUCAGCUAGGGGCUGGGCCUUUCCAGUGUGCCGAGUGCGGGAAACGCUUCCGCCAGAAGCAGAGCCUCAUCACGCACGAGAGGAUCCACACGGGAGAGAAGCCCUACAGGUGUCCAGACUGCGGGAAGAGCUUCAGCCAGAAGCCCAACCUCCUGACUCACCGGCGGAUCCACACCGGGGAGCGCCCCUUCUCCUGCACGCAGUGUGGGAAGAGCUUCAGCCAGAAGGCCAAUCUCAUUGCCCACCAGAGAACCCACGUGGGGGAGAAGCCGCCGCAGUGGGGCGGGCUUGGGGGGAAGCCAAAGUCCCCAGCACAGCAGGGAGACCAGGAGGAAAAGCGGCCGUUCGUAUGCCCCGAGUGCGGGAAGAGCUUCACGCAGAAACCCAACUUGGUGACUCACUACCGGACCCACACGGGUGAGCGGCCCUUCAGCUGUGCCCAGUGCGGGAAGAGCUUCAACCAGAAGACCAACCUGGUGACUCACUACCGGACCCACACCGGGGAGCGGCCCUACGCCUGUCCCCAGUGCGGGAAGCGCUUCACCCAGAAGACCAACCUGGUGACUCACCAGAGCACCCACACGGAUGCACGCCCCUAUCCGUGUGGGGAAUGCCAGAAGUGCUUCAAGGACAAGGUGUCCCUGAAAGCGCACCAGAGAACCCACAGCCUGAGCCAGCCCAGACCCUGUGGGAAUGCAGAGCCAAUCCCACUCCACAGUCCCCCCGCUGUGCCGCUCCAGCCCACAGGUGCCGAGCAGGAGAGCCAGCGCGACCCCACUCAGCCAGUGCCGGCCCAGAAGAUCCCCGGAAGCCAGGCACUGUGCACGUGCACUGACUGUGGUAGCAGCUUCCCCCAGAAACCGCAUAUCCCACUGCCCCAGCAAACCCCCUCAGCAGAGCAGCCCUUCCUGUGCGUGCAGUGUGGGGAAAGCUGCCCACAAGCGGCUCUUCUGAAGCACCAGCCCGGCCAGGCCAGGGAGAGGCCCUGCGAGAGCGCCCAGUAUGGGAGAGGCCUCAGCCUGAACCAACAUCUCCUCAGACACCUGGAACCCUGCCUGGGCCCUGGCGACGCGGCGCACGCGGCCCCCGGGGCAGAGCGGCCCUUCAUCUGUAACCAGUGUGGGAGCAGCUUUAGCUUUUGGCCGGCUCUCGUUGCCCAUCAGGGCAGCCACGCAGGAUGGCAGCCGUAUCCGCUUCCGGAACGCGGGAAAGGCCUCAGGCCCCGGCUGUCCCUGCCAGCCCAGCAGGAUGCGCAGGUGGGGGAGACAGCCUGGACGUGCCCCGAGUGCCGGCGGAGCUUCAGCCAACACAGCCAGCUGGCAAAGCACCGGGAGAGCCACUGGGGCGACAGGCCCCAUCGGUGUGACGUGUGCGGGAAGAGCUUCGGCUUGAAAGCCAACCUGAUGACGCACCAGCGGCUCCACACGGGCGAGCGGCCCUUCGCCUGCAGCCAGUGCGGGCGGCGCUUCAACCAGAAGGGUAACUUGGUGACUCACUACCGGACCCACACGGGCGAGCGGCCUUUCGCCUGCCCCCAGUGCGGCAAGAGCUUCAGCCAGAAGCCCAACCUCCUCGCCCACCAGAGAACCCACGUGGGGCGGCGGCCCUUUGCCUGCACCCAGUGCCCCAAGCGCUUCAAGGGCAAGAUGUCCCUGAAGAUCCACCAGCGUGUCCACGUUGGGGAGAGACCUCCUGCAAGGCCACCGAGCGUGGAUCUGAUGGAGGCCCACGCCGGGAAGAGGUGCUGUUCCCACUCCCCAUGCGGGAAGCCCUUCAAGGAACACGUCGCCCUGGAGCUCCCCCAGCGAGUGCCCGGUGGGGAGCGGCCGUACGCCUGCCCGGAGUGUGGGAAAUGCUUCCGGCAAAAGGUCACGCUGGUCACGCACCUCCGGACCCACACCGGGGAGCGGCCGUUCCAGUGCACCCAGUGCGGGAGGAGCUUCAGCCAGAAGCCCAACCUCCUCACGCACCAGCGGACUCACACCGGCGAGCGGCCCUUCGCCUGCACCGUGUGCGGGAAGGGCUUCAGCUGGAAGCCCAACCUGGUGACCCAUUACCGCACCCACACCGGGGAGCGGCCCUACAGCUGCGGCGACUGCGGGAAGACCUUCAGCCAGAAGCCCAAUCUCCUUACUCACCGCAGAACCCACUCCCAGCAGAGACCGUACGCUUCCCCCAGCACCACGCAAGCUUCCCCCACGGGGACACCUUCACCCUGCGCCGCGGUGGGGACUGGCCCCACAUGCGCUUGGCCUGCAGAGAGUGCCUCAGCCACCACGUCCCCCACGGCAGGGAGCUCCUGAAGCCAAGCAAACAGAGAUGUGGUGUCAAUGCAGCGGGGGUGGCAGGAGCUUCGAAGAUCAGAGAGCUCUGCGUGUGCACCAGAGAGCACCCGUCCCCUGGGCGAGCCGGAAUGAGUAAAGCAUACGCCUGAUCGGCGAGCUGUAUGGUGACUGGGAUCUGGGAACGGGGGGCUAACCCGUGCUGCUGCCGCACCCCCAACACCAGACGCGGACUGGGGAACGGUACAGCCAGAAGCCAGAUCUGACUUCAUUCUGCACACACCGAACUUCAGAGAGGACACGGCUGCUGACAGCGGGCAAGCCGGCAGAUUGAUCAGCACACGUUGCUGCAGGGUGCGAAGAGACGCCGAGUACCGCUGGGAGCAGAGCGAGGGGAGGGUACAGCAAGCCGGCAGAUUGAUCAGCACACGUUGCUGCAGGGUGCGAAGAGACGCCGAGUACUGCUGGGAGCAGAGCGAGGGGAGGGUGCAGCAAGCCGGCAGGCUGGGACGCUGCGGCGAGUGUCCCGGGAAACCAAACCCUGAAAGAGACUCCCUGGGCGGGAACGGCCCGUGGAGCUCUCCCCUCUCGCCUCCCUGGAGCUCAACGUGGGGUGGGGGCGGCUCUUGGAAGCUACGAUCCAAGCUAGCCUGGGCGUAUGUUGUACCGAGGGUAUUGCUGGGUUCUGGAUCCCCCCCAGAGCCAGUUGCAGGGCAGUGAAAGGCCGCCUGGGCUGCGAGCUCCAGCCCCCGUAGACACAGUAACAGCGUCUCCCUCCCCCCCCCAGCACUUCCCGGGGGGAGGGGCAGGAGGCCCAGCCCCCAGCCCCAGAGAAGGCUGCAGUCGGUCUGAAAGCAGUGGGGGCCCCACGAGGACGAGAUGCCCUUGUUGGGGAGCGGGAAGGAGAAGCUGUGUGCUGGGGCAGAGCUCAGCUUGAUGGCAGGGCCUCCGCCCGUCAGCUCAGAACUGAAAACCAGAAGGGGCAGUGGGGGGGACAGGGGGAGCCCUGGUACCGGCUUAGCUGAGCCACCAGCCUCGGCCAGGUGUGUAAUUAGCUCCACGGCGGAGAACAGAGCCAUGGUCCAGCAUGAUACUCCCAGCUACGCUCUGCCCGUCGUCCCAGCAGUAACGUGGCGACACCGAGUCGUAUGUCCCAGAUGGGAAGAAAAGAAAUACUAAUGGCAGGAGGACUGGGGGGGUGGGGCACGCAGAGCCCAUGGCUGCGGGGACAGUAGCAUGGGAGGGGGACAUGGGGCACACACAGAGCCCCUGGCAGAUUGUGGAGGGCAGAAUGGGGGGUUGUAACAGGGAGCCCCUGUACUAGAGGGGGAAGGGAGAGUGGCACCCGGGGAGCAUGUGGGGAACAGAGGGAUGAAGGGACCCUGGUGUGUGCACUGAGUUUGGCCUGCAGCAGUGACAGCGCGUGUGGUGACCCUCUCAUAAGUUCUCUUCCUUACCUGGAAACGCAGCCAGCAGUCCCCCAGGUUGUUACAGCUAAGGGGGUAUCACCUGGGUAGGUCGGUCACUCAGCAAUGGGCCGGGCUCCGACAGCUGCCCCCCAAGGCCGUCCCCAGGGCUGUGCAUUCCCAGGCAGCGUCUGGCGCUCAGGCCUUCCCAGGAUCCCUUGCGCUGGCGGCGAAGGCACCGCCUGUGCGUGGAUUGCUGCUGCGGGGUGUUGUGGGGGCUGAAGUGCCUGCUGCAGAUGAGUGAGCAGAGGUGGGGAGGGGACAGCCUGGCCUGUGGGCGUGGCUGGGUGAACUGGACCAAGUGAUGAGAAAGAAGAAGCCAGGGCUGGUUGGGGCAGGGGGGACCAAAUCACAUCUUCACUUAGUGACAGUGAGGUGGGGCCUGCGCUGCGCCAUCUCUGCCCGGGCACCAGUCCCUGCUGGCACAAGCACCGGCUGCAGGAGCUUGGGA